AUGAGAAAGAAGGUAGACUCUCGCGUCCGUAUUAUGGUGGAGCAGAACGUACUGCGUAACCAACGGUCGCUCUUUGUCGUGGUCGGCGACAAUGGGAAGGACCAGGUGACCAAUCUCCACUAUCUGCUGUCCAAGGUCACUACCAAGAAGCCCUCGGUACUCUGGUGUUACAAGAAGGAUUUGGGGUUCUCGUCGAAUCGGAGGAAGCGUGGUAGGAACAUCAAGAAGGCCAUAAAGCAGGGCAAAUACGAUACUGCCACUGACGAUCCCUUCGAGCUCUUCCUAUCCAGCACUGACAUAAGGUUCUGCUACUACCGCGACUCGGAGUCCAUCCUAGGGAAGACCUACGACAUGUGCGUCCUCUCGGACUUCGAGGCCCUCACGCCCAACCUCCUCUGCCGUACUAUGGAGACUGUCUCUGGAGGUGGUAUAGUGAUGAUCAUGUUGAAUACUAUGUCCAGUCUGAAACAAUUGUACACUACGGUUAUGGACGCCCAUUCCAAGUUCCGUGGGGAGGACCACGACACUGUGGAGCCUCGGUUCAACGAGAGGUUCAUUCUGAGCCUGGCGGACUGCCGCAACUGUUUGGUAGUCGACGAUGAGCUCAAUGUGCUGCCUGUCAGCCAUGCGACCCUUGGCUCCAUCUCUGAGACGGUNNNNCGUGGUAAGAGUGCCAGUCUUGGUAUGGCCAUUGCCUUGGCCAUCACUCAGGGGUACUCCAACGUAUUCGUAACGGCCCCCUCACCGGAAAACCUCACCACUCUGUUCGAGUUCGUAUUGAAGACCUUCGAGUCCCUCGGCUAUGCUGAGCAUCAGGACUACAGCCUGGUAGGACGAUGUUGUGGUCAUCGUGGAGUGAACACUCCUCUGGUCCGCAUCAAUGUGUAUAAGACUCACAGGCAGACCAUUCAGUACGUUAGCCCGGCUGAUAGCAAGUAUAUCUCUCAAGCGGAGCUGUUGGUCAUUGACGAGGCCGCAGCAAUACCUCUACCAGUGGUGAAGAAGCUCUUGAGCACAGGUCAGCACAUCACUCUGAUGUCUAGUACGGUGCAGGGCUACGAGGGAACGGGCCGUGCUUUAUCAUUGAAGCUCAUUGCGGAGUUGAAGAAGCAACAGAAGGGCUCCUCAAGGGACGAUUCCAAUGGGAAGCAUCUCACCGAGCUCACUCUGAAUACACCGAUACGAUACGCUAGUGGUGAUGGUUUGGAAGCCUGGCUUGGUCGUCUACUGUGCCUGGAUGCAACGUCGCCCCCGACCCUUCGGAACCUGGAUGGCCUCCCGAUGCCUGAGCAAUGCGAGUUGUACCUGGUCAAUCGGGAUACGCUCUUCUCGUACCAUAAGGCCUCCGAGGUCUUCUUGAGGAACAUGCAGUCUCUGUUCGUGAGCUCGCACUAUAAGAACUCCCCCAAUGAUCUCCUUCUUAUGAGUGAUGCCCCUAAACACCAUGUUUUUGCGCUCUUACCACCGUUAUCGAAGAGCCAGGGUCGCCUCCCGGAAGUGCUGGUCAGCAUUCAAGUCUGCGCAGAGGGUAAGCUGUCACGUUCGGCUCAGUCCCAGGCCCUUAGGAGGGGCGAGAUGAGACCUAGCGGUGAUAUGAUACCAUGGACGCUGGGACAACAGUAUCCCGACUCGAGCUUUGGCUCUCUAGCUGGGGUACGAGUGGUGCGUAUAGCGUGUCACCCCUCGCUGCAGAGGAAGGGGUAUGCUACUGAGGCAUUGAAGCAGCUGGAAGCCUUCUUGGAGGAAUCCUCAUCUGAUGAGGACGAGGACGAGGAGGAUGAGCAGCCUGUUGCCGGCAAGGGUGAGCCGAACACGGCUGACGGCCGAUCGGCUCUUCAUACGGAACGUAUUGCUCCUAAGAAGAGUGUGGCCCCCCUGCUGAGCAAACUCUCUGAUGUUGAGAGCCUCUUCCCUGGUGGUGUUGACUAUCUUGGGACUAGCUUUGGUCUCACACUACAGCUGUUCAACUUCUGGCACAAGUCUGGACUGGUCCCGUUAUAUGUCCGACAGACAGCUAACGAGAUCACAGGGGAGUGCUCGGCUAUUAUGGUACGCAACUGUAGUGAGGGUGGAGACGACUGGUUGAGGAAGCUCUCGGUGGACUUCAAUGGGAGGUUUGUCCGUCUUCUAUCGAGCUCCCCCUUCCGACACAUGCAGACUGAUCUUGCCUUAUCGGUGGUGUCGGCCACGGAGUUGCCCCAGAAGGAAGAGGACCUAGUGUUGCCUUCCGUGGACAAGUCUAAUGUGCUGCAGUUCCUCUCGCGAUAUGAUGUUCAUAGGCUGCAACAGUACGGCAAGAAUCUUGUGGACUACCAUCUCGUUACGGACCUGAUACCGGUGGUGGCUGACCUCUACUUUACUCAUCGUCUGCCGAGUAUCAACCUGUCCUCCCUCCAGAAGGCGGUCCUGUUGGGUAUGGGCCUCCAAAGACGUUCCGUCGAUGACUUGGCUGAGAAGGAGUUUGGUAAGCGUUUGCGGCCUACGCAGCUGCUGGCCCUGUUCAAUAAGGCAGUGUAUAAGCUCGCUAAUCAGCUGUUGAAGGGGAUGAUCGAGGAUAUUGAGAAGGACGAGCUGAGUCAGAAGGAUGCCAAGAAGGAUGGGCCUGUCGCUGGGACUGUUGAGGAGGAGGAGGAAGUAGUGGAGUUGCCGGAGAAUACACUGGAAGAGGACCAAGCCCUUGCAGGGGAAGAAGUUGAUAAGGAGCUGUUGGCUAAAAAGAGGGAGCUUCUACUGGAUUCACUCAUGACCUCACAGGGUGGUGGAUCUUUUGAGAGAUACAACGUGUCUAACCUUGAUGAGGAGAAGAUUUCGAAGGGGGAGAAGAUUGGCAAUAGAGUGUUGGUUGAGCGAGACUCUGCUGAGAAGAAGAAGCGUAAGAGGACCUCCCAAGGUGGUGGUGGAAAGGGCGGUAAGAAGGCUCACAAAUAAGAGGUAUAAAGUCCUCAACGUCUAU